AUGCCUUCUUACGCAGUAUAUCGUGUUACCGAGACCGGCCUGCCGCGAAAUCACCACGCUAUAUUCGUCGAAACGGAGGAAGAUGGGCCUGGCAGCGGCUGUCGAUUCAAUGUGACCGGCAACGUCCAGAACGGCAUGGAAUACGAAGAACGAAAGACUGGCAAGCCUCAAGAGUCGGCAUCGUUUAUGGGCAUGGAGAAACUCGGUGUCGUUGACCCAGGAAGCUACUCUCGGCUUCAAUCUAUAUGUCGCAGUACGCCCGUUCCCAAGAAGCAGUUCGAUGGACCUAAGAGGCUGUAUCCCGAUGUACCUCUGCGACGGUGCCAGGAGUGGACUGCUGAAACAGUGAAGAGGCUUAUCGAUGAGCAGGCCUUGGAGAUCAGCGUAUCGUGA